AUGCGGUUUUAUUUGGCAAAUGGUUGUUGUAAGCGUUUGGUAGCAUCAGGGCCUGUUUUUUUGUCCUGGUCAAGAAUCAGGAAUGGGAGGCUAGGGAUCUUAUCUGAAAGGAUGAUUUCAGGACGUUUGAUGUGGUCUGGAUAUUUUCCGAAGCGUUUAUGGGUUUCUCGUUUACGUGAACGUUGGAAACAUAUUCGAAUUGAAUGGUGUUCUAUUCCUCUUAGUGUUGGUAUUGCAUAUAUUGCGUUUGUACAUUAUAAAGAUGUAAGAAGACGGUAUGGUAGGCUAGAACGUUCUGGUGAGGCUGUUCUGGAUAAUGUUGGAGAGAGCGAGGUUUCUGUUUCUGGAUUUUGGCAGUUUUAUAUUUUAAAGUCUCUUCCACUUAAAGCUUUUUCGAGAAUAUGGGGAAAAUUUAGUGAAAUAACUCUUCCUGUUUGGUUAAGAGUGCCUGUAUAUAAGUUUUAUGCAUGGAUUUUUGGGUGUAAUCUUUAUGAGAUGGCAGAACAAGAUCUUAAAAAAAUUAAGAAUUUUUCUGAAUUUUUUUAUAGGGAAUUGAAGCCUGGAAUACGCAAGAUAGAUAAUGAUGCCUUGGUAGUGUCACCGGCUGACGGGAAAGUGCUUCAUUUUGGUUUGGUGGAGGGACGAAGAAUUGAACAAGUUAAAGGCUUAUCGUAUUCUUUGGAUGCUUUAAUUGGUAAUUCUUCGCCUAUAUCUUGUGAUGAAAUUGCUUUUGAUAAUAAUUCUACGGGAGCUUUGGAGCAUGAAGAAAGUUUUGUAAAAACUAGUGGGAUUACAUAUUCAUAUGUUCCAUGUAUUAACAAAAAUGAUGAGAAUGAUAUGUUACCUUUGGAUGUUGUAGAUGUUAAGAUUGAGAAUAAUAUUAUACUUAGUCACAAUAUCAUUGAUAGAUUAAGAGAAGGAAAUAGGCUAUAUUUUGCUGUUAUAUAUCUUGCACCUGGUGAUUAUCAUCGUUUCCAUUCCCCUGCAAAUUGGGUUGUGGAAAGAAGGCGUUAUUUUUCAGGAGAGUUGUUUAGUGUUUCUCCCUAUUUUGCUAAAAGGAUAUCAAAUCUUUUUGUUCUUAACGAAAGGGUUGUGCUUCUUGGACAAUAUCGUCACGGAUUUAUGAGUAUGAUACCAGUGGGUGCUACAAAUGUUGGCAGUAUUCGCAUCGAUUUUGAUAAGGACUUUAGAACAAAUACUUUAGAAAGGAAUAAUCCUAAAGGGUCUUAUACAGAAACAAGAUAUUCUGCAUUUUCGAAACUUUUAAAAGGGUAUCCUUUACGAAUAGGUGAGCAAAUGGGAGGAUUUAAUUUUGGAAGCACAAUUAUUUUGAUUUUUGAAGCACCUCAAGAGUUUGAAUUUUUAGUUUCAAAAGGUAGUAGGAUUCUUAUGGGUCAGGGUUUGGGAAAAAUUAAUAGCAAAGUUCAUUAA